AUGUCCACGAUCACGCAGCCGCGAUGCGGCGUCAAGGCGAACGCCACGGCGAAGCGCGCCGUCGCGCCGAAGACCUUCCUCGGCGCGCGCGUCUCCUCCGUGUCGAACGGUUCCAAGGUUGAGAUGAGCCGAUGGAAGGGCAUGGACAUGGACAUUUCCGACGACCAGCAAGACAUCGCUCGCGGCCGCAACAUGGUUGACUCCAAGUUCCAAGGCGCGACCGGAAUCGGUGGUACGCACAACGCCGUCAUGUCCUCGCAAGAUUACUUGUCCGCGGGCAUGAAGACGUACUCUGCGCACGACAACAUCACCACGGAGAACUUCUACAUCUCCCCGUCGUACAUGGACAAGGUGAUCGUGCACGUCGCGAAGAACUUCAUGAAGUUGCCGAAGAUCAAGGUGCCGGUCAUUCUCGGUGUCUGGGGUGGUAAGGGUCAAGGUAAGACUUUCCAGUCUGAUUUGAUCUUCAAGAAGCUCGGCAUCUCCCCGAUCGUCAUGUCCGCCGGUGAGCUCGAAUCCGGCAACGCCGGUGAACCGGCCAAGCUCGUGCGUCAGCGUUACCGCGAAGCGUCCGACAUCGUCAAGAAGGGUCGCAUGUCUACCCUCUUCAUCAACGAUCUUGACGCUGGUGCCGGUCGUAUGGGUGGCACGACGCAAUACACCGUCAACAACCAAAUGGUGAACGCGACGCUCAUGAACAUCGCGGAUAACCCCACGAACGUUCAGUUGCCGGGCCAAUACGAAGUCAUCGAAAUCCCGCGUGUGCCGAUCAUCGCCACCGGUAACGAUUUCUCCACCCUUUACGCGCCGCUCGUCCGUGAUGGCCGUAUGGACAAGUUCUACUGGUCCCCGACCCGCGAAGACCGCGUCGGCAUCGCCAACGGUAUCUUCAUGGCGGAUGGCAUCGAGAAGGAAGACGUCGAAGUCCUCGUCGAUACGUUCGAAGGUCAAUCCAUUGACUUCUUCGGCGCGCUUCGCUCCCGUGUCUACGAUGACUUGGUGCGUGACUUCAUCCUCGAAGUCGGCUACGAAGCUCUCGGCCCGCGCCUCAUCAACCCGCGCAAGGGUGAAGAAGUCAACUUCAACCCGCCGAAAAUGACGCUCGAAGUCCUCUUGGCGUACGGUAAGGAAUUGGAGAACGAGCAAGAGAACAUCAAGCGCAUCCAGUUGGCCGAUGCCUACUUGGACGGCGCCGUGCUCGCGGGCGAAGGCGGUUCCUCGAACACCGAGAAGUCGCUCAACCAGUAAACGCGACGACGACCCAUAUUGAUUUGAUGUGUCUUUUUAGCGCCUGCACGUAGCGAUGAUUCGAAUCGUAAUGAAUCCGUUCUAAACCACGAUGUGAUAACAAAACACUACAUUGAACUUCA